CGUCAGUCUUGAAUUUUUCGUGGAGCGAUUAGCACACACCAGAAGAACCCCCAGAAGAACCCCCAGAAGAAUUCGAAUUAAAUUCUCAAAAAAAAAAGUAAAAUUUCAAUUAGCCGCAUCCCCGUUUCCUAAAUAAAAUUUAAUUCUAAAUAUUCUAAAUGCAGCCUACAAAAAUAAAUCAAAUAUAGCCGAGUGUGUGUGUUUUUUUUGAGAGUGUAUCGGUGUUAGCUCUCUUUCUCUCAGUGUUUUGUUGGCUUUUUUUUUAUUAUUUGUUUAUUUUUUGCUUUGACCGAGUUCUUUAACAACAACAUUAAGUACAACAACAAAAAGACAAGCAGAAGCAACAACAAAAAUGGAUGCCGAGGCCCACAUUCAGAUCCAGAACAUCAGCACUGCGAAGAGAAGGAGUGCGGAGGGAGGAGGAUAUGAGGAGACUGCCUGUGGCAAGGUGGUGCCAGUGGAUCAACCCACAGAUGCCCCAAGUAGUGGCCAAAACAAGGGCCAUCAUCCACCCACCAGCUAUCUGGAGACCAUCGUCCACCUGUUCAAGGGCAACAUUGGACCCGGACUGUUCGCAAUGGGUGAUGCCUUUAAGAACGGAGGACUGCUGGUGGCUCCAUUCCUCACCGUCCUGAUAGCCGUCAUGUGCAUCCACUGCCAGCACGUCCUGGUGGCCUGCUCCAAGAAGAUGCGGGAUCUCAAUGGCGAGGAGACCUGUGCCGACUAUGCCGACACCGUGAGGCAGUGCUUCGAGAAUGGACCCGUGAAGUUGAGGGGCUGGUCCCGAACCAUGAGCCGAUUGGUGGACGUCUUCAUUUGUGUCACCCAGCUGGGAUUCUGUUGCAUCUACUUUGUAUUCAUUGCCACCAACAUGAAGCAGAUAUUGCACGCCUCCGACAUCGAUCUGGACGUCCGUCUGGUGAUGGUGGCUGCCCUGCCUCCGAUCCUCCUCAGCUGCCUGAUCACCAACCUGAAGUAUCUGGCUCCCGUCUCGAUGUUCGCCAACAUCUGCAUGAUCCUCGGCCUGGCCAUAACCCUGUACUAUGCUUUGAAGGAUGGCCUGCCGGAUGUACCGGAUCGUGCUCUCUGGACCAAUGGCUCCCAGCUGGCCCUCUUCUUUGGCACGGCGAUCUUUGCUUAUGAGGGCAUUGCCCUUGUGAUGCCCCUGAAGAACUCCAUGGCCAAGACCGAGCAGUUCGAGAUGACGUUCGGGGUCCUCAACGUGGGCAUGUUCCUGGUGUCGAUCAUGUUUCUGUUUGCCGGAUCCGUGGGCUACAUGAAGUGGGGCGAGGAUGUGGGCGGCAGUCUGACCCUCAAUCUGGGCGAUACAAUUCUGGCGCAGGUGGUCAAGGCCAUGGUGUCCCUGGGUGUCCUGUUCGGAUAUCCCCUCCAGUUCUUCGUGGCCGUCCAGAUAAUGUGGCCGAAGGUGAAGCAGUGCUGUCGGAUCGACGAGGAGAACAGAUGCCUCUUCGGGGAACUCUUAUUCCGCACCUGUCUGGUCCUCAUCACACUGGCCAUUGCGGAACUGGUGCCAGCUCUGGGCCUGUUCAUCUCUCUCAUCGGAGCUCUCUGCUCGACGGCCCUGGCCCUGGUCUUCCCGCCUGUCAUAGAGCUGAUAGCCCGGAGCGAGGCCAACAAGGGUCCUGGCUUCUGGAUCUGCCUGAAGAAUCUGCUGAUCCUGCUCCUCGCGCUCCUGGGCUUCUCCACCGGCACCUACGAGAGCCUCCGGGAGAUCAUUCUGCACUUCAACGAGGAGCCAAAGUGAUUUCAAAUAUCAAUUAUACGAAUGAUGAUAUUUGAACCCAAAAGUGUAAAUCUUAAAGUACUUCUAAGCGUAUAUCCUGGCGAAUUUAUUGUACUAUAUUGUACUCUGUUGUACUAUAUAUCCAAGUGCCUAGCCGUGUCCGGGCGAGCGUGCAGCGCAUUUUACUUAUUAUAAUUGUUUAUAAUUUUUUUUUCAUAGCCAAUAAGUGAGAAUAGACGUUGCGACGUAUCUUUUGACGUCAGCAAUGUAUAAAAAAUGACAAAAAGA